AUGCAAGACCCAAAGAAAACCCAGCCUAUUUAUACAACAUCUAAUGGUCGACCAAUGACAAAGCCCGAGGGCUCUCAGCGUGCUGGCAGUCAUCUUUUACUUCAAGAUUUUCAUCUCAUAGACCUACUAUCUCAUUUUAAUCGAGAACGUAUACCAGAGAGGGUUGUUCAUGCGAAGGGAGCGGGAGCAUUUGGAGAAUUCGAGGUUACACAUGACAUAUCCGAUAUCUGUUCGAUUGAUAUGCUCCUGGGCAUUGGCAAGAAAACAAAAUGUUUAACUCGCUUCUCUACCAGUGCAGGUGAACGAGGAGCAGCCGACAGUCAACGCGAUCCUCGCGGUUUCUCCGUCAAAAUGUACACGGAGGAGGGAAAUUGGGAUUGGGUUUACAACAGCGUUCCCUUUUUCUUUAUACGCGACCCCAUCAAAUUUCCCGCUAUGAUCCACGCUGUCAAACGCGACCCUCGCACCAAUCUCCCCAACCCUAAUUCCUUCUGGGACUGGGUAACCAGCAAUCAAGAAUCUCUCCAUAUGAUCAUGUGGCUCUUCAGCGAAUACGGCACCUUCACCUCCUAUAGACACAUGAACGGCUACCAAGCCAAUGUUCACAAAUGGACCAUGCCAGACGGGUCCUUCAAAUACGUUCACAUGUAUCUUCAAGCCGAUCUGGGCUAUAAAUUCCACACCGACGACGAGAUCCCUCAUCUUGCUGGUACAGAUCCAGAUCACGCAACUCGUGAUCUAUCCGAAGCGAUCGAUGCCGGUAAUUUCCCAACAUACACAGCCUACGUACAAGUCCUCGACCCCGCCGACGCCCCAAACAUCGGCUACAACAUCUUUGACAUGACCAAACAUUGGGACAUGGGAACCUACCCCAAAGAUCUCGGGCACAUCGGAGCCAUCCCCUUUGGAAAGAUGACUCUCAACCGCAACCCCGACAACUAUUUCGCAGAAAUCGAACAAGCUGCUUUUUCGCCCAGUCAUCUUGUUCCGGGUAUUGAACCCAGUGCCGAUCCCAUGUUACAGGCGCGCAUGUUUGCAUAUCCCGACACGCAACGCUACAGACUGGGUGUGAAUUACCAACAAAUCCCCGUCAAUAGGCCUCUUCAUGCAUUUAACCCUCUUCUGCGCGAUGGAGCGGCCAAUUGCGAUAAUUAUGGUUCGUACCCGGGGUAUCCGACGGAUAGUAAACCGAUGCAUUAUACGCCUACGUAUGCUGAUCCGGCUCAUGAGGAAUGGGUGGGCCGCAUGACGAGCGAUCCAUUUUUGGAGGUGACGGAUGUAGACUAUAAAUUUGCGCGGACAUUCUGGGAACAUUUGGCGUGGGAGGAUCAGUUUAAGGGGUGGCAGGAGAAGUUGCCGGGGAAUGUGGCGGCAAAUUUGAGUGGAGCGGGGAAGGAGGUUAGGGAGAGGGCUUAUAAGAUGUUUGGAAAAUUGACAAAGGAAUUGGAGGAGAAGAUUAGAGAGGCGACGGAAAAACUUGUUGUGGAGAAGGCAAAGGAGAAUGGGAUGGAGCAGGUGGAGCAGGUGGAGAAGAUGGAAAAUGGUGUCGGGGGUGAGAAACCGAAUUUGUUGUUUACGAAUGGGAGUGUAAAUGGAAAUGGAAAUGGAAUUGCGACUAAUGGUAAUGGGAGUGUGUAUGGAAAUGGCAAUGGGAGUGCUACUAAUGGGAUCCUGAAUGGAAAUGGAAAUGGAAAUGGCACCAAAAGCCAUAACCACAACCACAACCACGAAAACACCUUCCUCAUCACCACGAACGGCGAUGCUUUAUCUCCUGCAACCAAUGGCAAUGGUGUCGUCCAUGACAAGUUCGCCAAUGGCAAUGGUAGUGGUAAUGGCAUUGGCAAUGGUAACGGCAACGUAAAUGGCUCCAGCGAUGUCGCUGCCAUUGACAUUGACGCGAAGAAAGUGGUGGGUACUUUGGUUGCUAUUUAG